UCACUCUAAGUCUUUGGCAUCUUUUUUCAGUUCUUUGGCCUUUGCGCCCUUGACAACGCUGCGGACGACCGAAAACACUGCGUCGAACGUUUUGAUGCGGUGGGCUGCACAAACCACAAACCACGAAUCACUAAUGGCUACCAUCAAGGGGCUUUCGCACACAUCCCUCACUUACACAUUGUUUCGGAAAUGGCUCUGAUAUAAUUUGGCCUCUGGCGUGGAGAUAUGCACUCCAGAUGAGCCGUCGAAUUCUGGACCACUGCAAAUCAAAUCGACAAACAUCGAAAAAGUAAGUGGCAGCCACCUUUUGAGUCAUUGACCAGCGGAGCGGAAAUAGAAGCCGGCUGCAGAAAGGUUCACAGAUUGCGACAUUGCAGUGUGCCUGUGAGCUCUUUACCAGUGUCUCGAUCGUAGUCAGUGUUCUUGGCCACCGUCUUGGACCAGCACACAAUCGACGACAGAAGAGCUGACUGAUCAAGUCCCCUUUCUUUAGCGUGCUCUGCAGCUCGGAAAGAGCAAAGCGAGAGUUAUGUACAUAAUAGGAUACGAUCUGUCUCUCAAUGUGCACACGGACCUAUCACUGUAAAGUAAGCUCCACGAAUUUUGCCUUCUAGCUCGCUAAGGGUCUCCGUCCUGCGCUUGUCUGCUGGCAUUUUCUCCAACUUUUCAAUGAGUGGCUUCCAAGCGUCAACAAGCCCUUGAGCACUCUGCAAAGCAUGAUAAUCAGCGAUUUCAGCUGGAAUUUUCAAUAUGAUGGAGAUGAGCGAGAUACCUGGAGAACGAUUCCCCCCUUUGUUUUUUGCCACAUUGUAUCUGUCCCGGCCUCUGCAGCAAGCAGAACACACCAUUGUUUCAAAAGUCAGUGAUUUGCUGCGUCGUCAAGUCUGUGUCUGUCUUUACUUGCUUUUGGAUGCUGUCCGAUCAU